AUGAUGGAUAACAUUUUUAAAAAGUCCUUCAGUCAGUCAGCUGCUCUUGGACUGAACACCUGCUCAGAGAAGACGUAGAGAAGACAACAGGCCGUCUACGCGACGCAGACAUGAGGGACAGAAUGGGGCACCUGCAGCAGGUGACUUCAACAGAUCAACAGGUUGACUCUGAGGGUUUCAGCUCAGUGCAGCUGGACAACCUGCCUCACAGUCUGGACAGUUCGCUGGAGCAUGAAGCCGCAGCCGCCGCCGCGGAGUCUGAUCCAGACCUGGAUGUCAUCCUGAAGGAGGCCCAGCAGAUCCACGUGGAAAUCCAGCAGAUCCAGAGCGACAUCAGUGAGCUGAGGGACGUCAACUACCAGGCCCUGAACAUACCCACGUGGCCCGUCGCGACAAAGAGGGACUCCAACGCGAUCGGUGCGGACAUUAAACGCAGGGGAGAGGCCGUGUUGCAUCGUCUUCACAAGCUCAACGACCUCCGGGCGGAGCUGGAGGCCCAGCGCGGCAUCUCCGACCCCACGGCUCGCAUCGCUCGGACGCAGUACUGCUGUCUCAGCACCGCCCUCCAGGAUGUGAUGACCGGCUACAACGACGUGGAGAUGAGCCACAAGGACGCCUGCAAACGGCAGAUCCAGAGGCAGAUGGAGGUGGUGGGCAGGGAGGUCAGCGAGGAGGAGCUGGACGAGAUGGUGUCCGGCCAGGACGUGUGCGUGUUCAGCGACCAGAUGCAGGGGAAAACCACCCGCUCUGCGCUGAUGCAGAUCGAGAGCCGGCAGCAGGAGCUGCUGGAGCUGGAGAAGAGGAUUGAGGGAAUCCAGGAACUGUUCCUGGACGUGGCCCUGCUCGUAGAGGAGCAGGGGGUGGCAGUGGAAAACAUCCAGAAGAACGUCCAAAACACCGAAGUGAUCGUUCAGGACGCCGUCAGAAAGCUGGAGAGGGCCAAGGCAUCUGACAAGAACAACCCCAUAAAGAAGCUGUUCUGUGGCUGUUUUCCGUGCUACAACACGUAGGACUGAUCACGUUUGAAUGGCUGUAAAAUCUAGUCACACACUAACAACUUCACUGAACCCACAGGUGUGCAGGUAAUGAGCAGAGAGGAUGGUGUAUUGAAAGAUUGGGUGGUGAUGGAUGACGUUACACAGUUUUCUCCUUCAUAAAGAGAAUACAAGUAAAAUAAAAGUUUUCUUUUAUUCUUGAACUUAAGAAUACAUCUUGAAUCUUUAAGUCAACAUGGAUGACUUGCACUCAUGCACAUUUAAAGUUUGGACUCUACUAACAUGACUUUGCAUUUUUCUGCUACUUCAUAUUUAUAUGAAAAAUAUAUUAUCAUUAGUAGUAUAUAUUUGUAAUACUCCCUGUGGCUAUUUUCCACACCCACAUACUUAAAUGACACAAUUGAGUCUUAAUGCUUUUACUUGCUUUAUGAUAUUGAAGUGUUACUUUCACUGUUGUGCUAGGACACUGAUGUUUUGAAUGUUGAACAUUUAACUUGUGUUGUAAUGAAGUUUUUAUGUCUUCCGUGUUUCAUCUUCUAAAUAAACUGGAUGUAAGUAUUUAAAAA